CUACUGUUUAUGGCAAAGGCGUAGUUACUUUACUACCUCAUUCAAUACAGUACUUGGUUAGGUAUACUGCCCACAGUUCAUUCACAAUGGUAUACAAUUUCAUCUUCACAGUUCUCUGACGUUGAAAUUAGUCGAAACAAUCAUCAACUCAGUGAAACCUCAGGAAGGACUGAAGAUAGCUUCGAAGCUGGUGUUGAAGACUUUCUGAAGACCCAUGACGUCACGUUCAAAGUACCGCAAGUUGGCGAUAUUACAGUUGACUCUAGGAGUUUAGAUAGUGAAGAAAUGAACCUGAAGGUCAACUUUGGAGAUGAUAAUGAAGUUGAAGGCCGUAGGAAGAAAUUCAAGAUCAAGAAGCACAAAGUGAAGAAAAUCUUGAUCCCAAUUGUGGUCUUCCUGGUCCUGAAAGCUAUGACCUUGGUGCCACUAGCCAUUGGAAUUCUCGGCCUGAAGGCGUGGAAUGGACUUCAGCUGGCGUUCUUCUCGUUCGUGAUAUCAGCUGGCCUGGCAAUCUUCCAGUUGUUCCAGAAAUUGGCAGCGGACGGUGCGCAUGCGCAUAUCGCCACAGCGGGCUGGGAACCGACAGCCCAUAUUGUCGCCAAAAGGAGUUUGGACGCAGCACAGUUGCUAGCGUAUGGUGCCUACACGAACUGAUGCUCGUCACUAAUUUAUUUAAUAAAUUAUUUUUGUACA